ACCACCUCCUUCUAAACCCGACCAGCCUGGGACUCUAAAUCUGAUCCCAGAUUAUCGAAGGAAACUGGAGCUUUCGGUAGAGGCGUAAAGCCGGACUGGCGCACAUGCUGGCGCCGUGAGCAGCUACGUUUCAGACAGGCACCCGCAAGGACCAAUCAAACAACUCCCUGAACAACAGCCGUCCAAUGAACGCUCGCUGUCCAGUUAGAGGGGCGGGGCUUCCGAGUGGGUGUGAGAGAGGCAGCAGCAGCAGCAAGACGAGGUCAAAUACACUGCAGGAGUUUACCAAAACGUGAAGCUGUCUCCAGGAAAGACACACAGGUAGUCCACCAUGUUACAGCAGUCCACACCGUCCACACCGUUGUUGUUAUAGUCUCCGGUUAGAGGUAACGCGGCGGUGUCGCGGUGUAUUGUGUCCGUGUCGCAGCAGCAGGCAGUUCGAGAUAACGUCAGCUAAUAUUGAUGCUAACGCCGAAGCUACAUGUGCUCGUACACAGCUCGGUCACUAACGUUACAACCGGAGUAAAAGCAUGGUUUUCUGCUAGCCAAGAGUCUGAGUUAUCAUCGGUUUAGAGUGAAUGCAUGGUGCAUCUCUGCAGACGAUUGGCUCUGGCUGCGGUGUUCGUUAAGAGCUGACGUUGCUGAACUUUACUGCUAUUCGUUUUGCCUUUUGGGAACUCGCCACGGUCACGCAGCUGUCAUGUUUCACUCGGUUCCCCGUCGUCCGAUCUGCGACAUCGGUGUAAAUGCAAUGAGACUUCAAAGCACCAAGACGUUCAGGCGGACUGUGGAGGAGGGCAGGGCGAAGCUUGAGAAGGUCCCCUGGGUGGGCCUGCUGCUGUCCUGGCUCCAGAGGGCAAGUGUCGGCGCUGGGGAGGCCGCGAGAUCCGGCCAUAAGAAGAAGGGGUUGCUGUCCAUAUUUGCGGACCACUGCAGCUUUGUGACCGGACAGAGGCUCCGGCGUGCUUGUCAGAUCGGCGAGCUUUACUCCAACCUGUACUCCGAGCGGACCAGGUGGACCCUGGUUGGCAACAUAUGGCGCAGAUUCCAGAGCAAGCACGCCCCUACUGGGAAACUUGUCGCGGCCCUGGCUGGCGUCUUCUUGUGGGACAAUGAGAAGAUUAAAGAUGAGGAAAUUCGCAGGUGUGGACUUGAGCUGCAGGCGCUGGAUGCUGCAAAAUGUCUAAAUACAGCUUCAGGGACAGCGUCUGGACAACUUGAACCUGGCUGGGAAAUGGUGAUGGAGAAGAAGGACUUCAGAGUGUGGAAGCGCCCUAUACCCAACAGUCACCUUUAUGAAUACAGAGUGUUGGGCUCGUACAAUGAUGUCACCCCAAGGCAGUUCUUCAAUGUACAGUUGGAUACAGAGUACAGGAAGAAGUGGGAUUCUCUUGUUAUCAAACUAGAAGUGGUGGACAGAGAUGUCGAUACAGGCUCUGAAGUUGUGCACUGGGCCACACAUUUUCCUUAUCCCAUGUACUCGAGGGACUACGUGUAUGUGCGCCGCUAUAGUGUUGACGCAGACAACAACCUGAUGGUCCUGGUAUCCAGAGCUGUGCAGCAUCCCAGAGUCCCAGAGACUCAGGAAUUUGUGAGAGUCCAUUCAUACCAGUCAAAGAUGGUCAUCCGCCCUCACAAGUCCUUUGAUGAGAAUGGAUUUGAUUACCUGCUAACGUACAGCGACAACCCUCAGACUGUCUUUCCCCGUUACUGUGUGAGCUGGAUGGUAUCAAGUGGUAUGCCUGAUUUUCUAGAGAAGCUGCAUACUGCUGCCUUGAGGGCCAAGAACUUGGAAGUGGGGAUCCACGACUACGCAGGUGUCAUUAAAUCCAGUGACACCAACCGCCAGCCGAGCCAGGAGCGCCUCAGCGGAGAAAGCCCGCACACAGGUGGCCCUGGACAGAUCUACGCUUGAGAUGGAUAUUUAUACACCCGGGGUUGUGUUGGUGUGUUGUCACUUGUACUUGAACCCAAAUCAAACCCUCCGGCCAACCUUUUCAGUACAUUGUGUGAACUGCAAAUGGAUCUCGCAACCAUAGAUGUGGUUAUAUUGGUUGUAAAUGAGAUCUCACAAGAACAAUUGGCUGUAUUGGUGACAGCAUUACUGUACUUUGGAUAAAAUGUUGCCAUGGAAAUUUUCAUCCAGACUGCUGGCUUUGGGUACUGCUUUUCCUUGGCCAGGCAAUGCCAUGUGAAGUUUCUUGCCUCCUUUGGUAAUGAUGUGUGUCUUAGAACCGUUGGUAGGAUAGAGCCAAAAUUCCUAACUGUAGAGACACUUCUGCCAAAGCACUGUUUCUCCCAUUUUAACAUUCUUUGUCUUGUCUUCCAUUGUUCAACAAGGCUUGACUCAGUGGCUGUUCAGACCGCCGGCAGCCACAUCAUUGUAUUAGUGUCUGUGGUGUGAUUCCAGUGAGAAGUUGUGAAAAUGCUGGUGCAGUAUUUGACAUAGAACGGUUACUAUUACUGGCUUCUGGUCUACAUUAUUACAGAAACUUAAAAACUAUGGCCAUGAUUUCUGCACUGACAGAUGAAGAAUUGAGGCCUCGGCGGGGAGCACUUCCUAACAUGUUUCUUCAUUUCAUAGAUUUAAAGCAACUGGUUCCCUGUUUGUGUGCAGCAUGUGUGAUUGAUUUUUAAAUGACUGGACAGGAUGGAUUAAAAAAAAGCUUAAAAAUAGGAACAUUUGCGCUAAGAAUUUAAAAAUAAAAACUCUAGGGCUCCUUUUGGGUUUUGGGAAUGGCAUUGUUUCGCUGUCAGCACAGUUGAGGGUUCACGCUGUCCAUCUCACCGCGUUUGUUUGAAACUGCCAGCGUUGACAAAACAGCCUUCUGAAGAUAAACCAGUCCUUCAGCAUUAGGGGCGUAGUGUCUUAUAACAACCACAUAAAUCCUCAGAUACAACGGUACUGAUGGGCUUCAGUUUAGAUGUGCUAGCAAAGCAGCACUACAAAGACGCAUGUUUAAUAAACCAAUGCCCUCUUCAGAGAAACGUAGAGUAGUUGUGUCACUUCCAUUUCAUACAAGUUUUUAAAAAAUUCAGUUGUCUCAUUUCAGCUCAUAAAUUCUUUUGUUAUCCCGGUGUUCACAUCACUUGUAGCAGACGUCACUUGAGUUUGCACUAUUGGAGUUAUGUGUGUUUGUGUUUUUCUAUGUUACUGUAGAUCUUGUACAUUCAUAAAACCAUUGCCUGAGUACUGGAAAACCCUGUUCGUAUGAGUACAACAACCUCUGUAACACGUUUGUCCAACAUUGUGAUUCUUCAGUUUUUGUUAUUAAUGUGGGUCCUACUGAAAUGCCAUAUAAUUCAUCCUUCCAAAUCAUCCUUGUUGCUUUAGUAGUUAACUGUGGGGGUGUUAUGAAUGUACAAAGAGCACCACAUGCUGUGGCAUACAACACGGCCUCAUAAAGUACACUGUUUACAGCCUGACAAUCUGGCGCAAAUAUCUUGGAAAUCCGUUUGUGUUUUAAAAUAAAAUCUCAUCUUGUACUAAAAUUUUGUCAUUUGUUGUGAUACAUCAGAGUGAUCAGCUGCAGUAACUAAAUAAAGCAGUACAGUGGGAUCCAUUUUGUGAAGGUUUUCCCACAUGUGAGUAUCGAGUAUUAAUACAUCCCCACUGUAUCAAAAAUGUGUAUAAUUCUGUAUUUCUGUCUUCUUUUUUUUUAAAAUGCCGAUGUGAGAUACACAAGAUAUGUUAACAGUGUAUGGGGAUGUUUUUUGAUAUUUAUCUCUUGUGUGGUCAAACUAAACUGAGACUUUAAGGAGAUCAUGAUAACCCAAUUAAACAUGCAGCAUUUGCUAAUGUUGAGCUUGCGAAUGUAACAUUUUAAUGCUCUGUCAUUUGAAGACACCACAUGUGAAUUACUUUAGGAGCUAAAAGAAAUGUGUGAAUAUGAGCUGGUGCACUUGUUACCCUGUGAUUUCAAGAAUUAUUGAAAUGGAAGAGCAACUAAUCAGAUCAAAUAAACAGAUCCUAAUUUA